GUGUAUGUGUCCAGAUUCAGAUUAGCGUAGCUGUCUUUUUGUGUGCAGGUGAGACUGAAUUCCUGUCAUAAUAAAAAACAGGCAAAGUUAUAUCAAAUAUGUCGUCCGAUAAGAUAAUUGGACCUGCUUUACCGCCGAUGUUUAAUAAGGAGGAUUCUGACAGUGAUGAGGAGGAAAAUGAUUUCGCUGGUCCUGCGCUGCCUCCUGGUUAUAAGAGGAGUGAGCCGUCGAGUUCCUCUGAGGAGAGUGAGCCGGAAGUGGCCCCCAAAAGAGCCAGAACAGCAGGAGCUGCAGAGGGGUCAAAAGAUGAUGACGAUGAUGGUUUCUUUGGACCAGCUUUGCCUCCAGGAUUUAAAAAGCAGCAGAGUUCACCAGAAAGGCCCCCUGUGCUGGGACCAGCGUUACCGCCUGGCUUCCACAGGGCAGCUUAUGACAGCGACGGGGGUGAAGAUGGGGAAGGUCUCCCAGGACCCGCACUUCCCCCGGGGUACCAGGCUGAGUGUUCCAGCAGUGAGGAAGAAGAUGAGGAUGUGAUUGGACCCAUGCCGCCCAAAGGACCUGUUCAAAAUUCUGUGGCUUUGGAAUUUGAACAAAGAGCACAAAGGAUGAAAGAGAAACUCACCGGACAGGAGACCCCCGAGGUGCUGAGCAGAGAAUCAUGGAUGACAGAGCUCCCACCAGAACUGCAGCACAUUGGUUUAGGGGCUCGAACCUUCAAAAAAAGGUCCGGUCCAGAGAACAAGGAUAGAUCGAUUUGGACAGACACACCUGCAGACAGGGAGCGUAAAGCCAGGGAACGCCUCGAAGGAAAGAAAACAGGGGAGGCAAAGGAUGAUAGCGUUCCACAGCUUUCUCGAAGAGACAUGGAAAUGGCAGAAAAAGUAUCUAAAUAUAAUGACUCCAAACGGGCCGAGUCUCUCAUGUCCUUACAUUCAAAGAAGCUGAAGGAAAAAGCGAAAGAGAAGGCUGACAAACCAGUAGAGAGGAGGCCGUUUGAUCGGGACGCAGACCUGCAGGUCAAUCGCUUCGACGAAGCCCAGAAGCAGCGGCUGCUUAAGAAGUCUCAGGAACUCAACACCCGCUUCUCCCACAGCAAAGACAAAAUGUUCUUGUAAGAUUUUUGUCCAAAUUGUAGAAAAUUCAUCCAGCUUUCCUGUUGUUGUCUCAGGUAAUCUAAUUCUUUUUUUUUUUAAAGAUUUUUUUACAGUAAUACUUUAUUUAUAUCCAUCCAGUCACACUGAUUCUUUGGUUUAUUGUUUUAAUGUUGGGAGUUCUGUAGAAGGAUCCUUUAACAAUUGUGAAUUCUCCAGAUUGACAAAAAAAAGCAGUUGAAAUUAAGAUGAAUAUCUAAUCUAAGGAUAAACCAAUCUGGCUUUAUAUGUUAUAUUUUGAACAGCACUAAAUAAACGCUGCCAAAUCUGCCCCAUCACUUUAGCAGAUUUAUUUUUUCUUCUUCGUAAAUGUUAAGAGGAUGGCCUUCAUGGUAGCAUUGUUACUAUAGAAAGGUCCCAAGUUCAAAUCCAGGCCUGGGGUUUUUCUGCUUGUAAUUAGCAUUCUCUCCCCAUUCAUUCUUGGGCUUUUCUGGGGUUCUCUGGGCUCAUCCCACAGUUUCCAAUCCAUUACUCCAGAGUUAACUGCUUAGUAUAAACCAACUUAUAUAUGAGUCAAUAAACAUCCUACAAGUGUGUGUGAGUGAAUGUACCAUGCCUCUAACACCAGCCUUUCUGACCCUUCAUAAAUGAGCAGGCAUUAGUAGAUGGAUUGAUGUAAACAGCAUAAAAGCUAUUCAUACGAUAUAAACAGAAGAGGGUUUUGUUGAUGUAUUUUUAGUCUAAGGUACAGAGAUAUAAAAUUUUGUAAUAAAUUUAAAUUUUUAGUUAACAAGAUACCUCCUGUAAAUGUGAUAAGUGUACAUUUUGAUUCAUUUUCGUAUGUUUAUUAUUGUUUUUAAUUGCUGUAAGAGCUUACAGCUUGCUAUGCUUUUUUUGUAUCCCGUUAGCAGUUUGUCUUAUUUCUAUCAAUUU